AUGUUAAACCAACUACAACAAGACUUUUCCACACAAGGGGAGAAAAAGAAGGAGAAUGAUGAAGAAAAGGACGAGGAAGAUUUUGAGGUGAACACUGAGGAUGGGCAGGGAGACAAUGUUGAUGGACAGGAGGAAGACAUUGUUGGGCUCUUGGAGAAAAACAAUGUUGGGGAGGACAAUGAAAAUGAAGAUCAUGAUUUGUUGAACGAAAAAAAUAUUGAGGAUGGGCCGUUGUUGGAGAUGGACAAUGAUGGGCCGUUGUUGGAGAUGGACAAUGAUGGGCUGUUGUUGGAGAUGGACAAUGUUGGGACUUUGGAGGAGAAGACAGAUAAAGAUGGUGAAUUGAAUAUCGAGGACGCUGAUGUGGUUGAUGGGAAAUCCGAUGGUGGGAAUGUUGAGGAAACUGUGGAGGAGCAGGUGGAGGAGUAG